UUUGUCAAAACAUUGUGCCUGCACGACGCACCCUUAGCUGUCUGCGGACCCCUGAGGCAACCCCGCCCGCCACACACCUCUAGCCCUCGCUUCCGGUUGCCGCGGGGAGAGGCCGUCCACCUCCCGGAAGUGGCCUCGCGCGGUGCCCUGUGGGAAGCGCAGUUGGGGCGGUCCGAGGCGUGACGGGAGUCGUAGUUCUGUGGAGCCGUAGUUCAGCUCGCGGCCUUUCUGGGGAGGUGAACCUGGCAGUUCCGCGGCCUGGGGUUAAGAAGCUCGCCGCCACCUCUCGAGGGCCGCGGUGGUAGCCGGCACCUCUCUGUAUCUACCUUGCCAGCACGGUGUGCUCCUUUGACGAGGAAACUGAGAAGGAAGGGAUGGCUGUGGAUUUGCCGCCUGCUCAGGCUGCAGAGUCAGUGACCUUCAGGGAUGUGGCUGUGCUCUUCAGCCAGGACGAGUGGCUGCAGCUGGACCCUGGUCAGAGGAGCCUGUACCGGGAGGUGAUGCUGGAGAACUACAGCAACCUGGUCUCCGCGGGGAUUCCAGUUUCGAUGCCUAAGGUGAUUUCCCAGUUGCGGCGAGAAGAUCCCUGCACAGAAGAAAGAGAAAUAGCUCCUGACAUCUGUCCAGGGAUUGAACUCAGGACCUUGGGCUUGUCAGAUUUCAAGACUUGGCCUGACAUAGAAGCAGUGCCCGUCAGACAGGACAUUUUUAUUGAAGAAAUAUCUCGUGGAAUAAUAAAGAAAAAGUCUUCUGAGCAUGGUCCUUGGGACAUGGACUUUGAAGAAUCUGAGGAUCCUGAGGGUAGGAUAGUACAGGAGCAACAGAAGAAUCCCCUUAGGCAAAUGGCAGCCUUACCCAAGAACACCGUCAGUGAGAAUGGAAACCUUACAGGUCUAGACCUGGGCAAGAGCUCAUUUAUAAACACAGUUCUUGUUUCACAACAGAGUGCUCCCAUAGACAUGGUGCCCAAUAUGUAUUAUACCUUCAGGAAAGAUUUUACACAGAACUUUGACCUAAUGAGAUGCUUCCAGAUUUACCCAGGAGGAAAGCCUCAUGUCUGUCAUGAGUGUGGGAAGAGCUUCAGCCAGGGUCUUCAUCUUCUGGAACACCAGAGAAUCCAUACUGGUGAAAAGCCCUACAAGUGUAAUGAGUGUGGGAAGACCUUCAGCCACCGGUCAUCCCUUCUUGCACAUCAGAGAAUCCACACUGGGGAGAAGCCAUACAAGUGCAAUGAGUGUGCAAAAGCAUUCAGCAGCAGUUCCACCCUCAUCAAGCACCUGAGAGUGCACACAGGAGAGAAGCCCUACCGCUGCAGGGAAUGUGGGAAAGCCUUUAGCCAGUGUUCCACGCUCACCAUGCACCAGAGGAUUCAUACCGGAGAGAAGCUCUAUAAAUGUGCUGAAUGUGAGAAGGCCUUCAACUGUAGAGCAAAGCUUCAUCGGCAUCAGAGAAUCCACACGGGCGAGAAACCCUAUAAAUGUAGCGAGUGUGGGAAAGCUUACAGUCAGUUUCCAUCCCUCGUUGAACACCAGAGACUCCAUACUGGAGAACAGCUGUGCCAGUGUCUGGAGUGUGGGAGAACCUUCACGCGCAUCUCCACCUUUAUUGAACAUCAGCGAAUCCAUAGUGGACAGAAACCCCACCAGUGUAACGAAUGCGGGAAGACCUUCAACCAGUACUCAUCUUUCAGUGAGCAUCGGAAAAUCCAUACUGGGGAAAAGCUUUACACGUGUCAAGAAUGUGGCAAGGCCUUUGGCUGCAAAUCCAACCUUUAUAGGCAUCAGAGAAUCCACACCGGAGAGAAACCCUAUCAGUGUAACCAGUGUGGGAAGGCAUUCAGUCAGUAUUCAUUCCUAACUGAGCAUGAGAGAAUCCAUACUGGCGAGAAACUCUACAAGUGUAUGGAAUGUGGCAAAGCCUACAGUUACAGAUCAAACCUUUGUAGACACAAAAAAGUCCACAAUAAAGAGAGAGACUACAAAUGGAAGGAAUAUGGGAAGCCUUUCGUCUAUGGCUCCUCUGCACAGUGUCAGAAAUUUCUGAGAGGAGAUAAGCCUAUGACCUUUAAUUUAUCUCUCUAAUAAUCCAAGACUUCUCAUUAGACAGUGAUCAGGACAAUAAUAAAUAGAGCACCAAUUCCUAAAAGGUUCAGUCCUUUAACUUCUACAGGAAAAAAGCUAGUUAAUAUUAAGACAAGGUCAAUUUUCAGUGAAAAUAUGUAUGAACACAUCAAAUUUUAUGAGCACUAUUAAAUCUUAAGGGUUUUAAAAACAGUUUUAAAAUUCAUAGAAAAAUUUUGGAAGGCCUCACUUUGUAGAAAAGCAAAAAUAAUAUGUACUUUACCUCAUACUCUAAGUGUAAGCUUCAGUAUGUGAAUUUUCUUUUACAAGUAGUCACUGAAUUAUUAAUGUAAUGUGGGGCCUCAUUUCCUAAAUUGGCAGGCUGACUUAGGACGCUCUCCUUUUCAUAGAGACAGAGUUCUUCUUUAUAUUUAACUCUUCACAUGGAAGAAAUAAAGCUCUUUGAUAGGCUGCCCCUUAAACAGUAUAUGUGUACGUGAGUACAGUCGUGUCCCCAAGUGGUAGGGACGUGUUAAAAAGGCGUGAGGCGUCGAGUGUUGUACAGGCAUCAUGCAUGCACUGGUGUGGUCCAGGUCAUCAGUGCACAUGGCCUCUUGAUGCCACCAAGGGACAUGGCAGACACCAGAUGGGGCCCGCCAGGGAAGCGCAGCGGUGCUUUGUAGUGUGCUUUUUAAUAUGUAGAAGGCAGAUGUUUAGAGUAAUCACAGAAGCAUAGUACAGUAGAUACACGCACCAGUAACAGUUGUCAUUCUCUUACCUGACCGGCAGCACGGUAGGUCUGCACGAGCAACACCACAGGCGAGUGAUGCACUGUGCUGAGAUGUCGUUAAGGCUGUGUCCCAAUGGCUGUGUGAUGUCACCAGGCAAUGGGAAGUUUUCAGUUUCAUUACUGACCGCAACAUUGAUAUAUAGGACAUGACUGCACAUACGUGUGUGCAUGUAUGUCUGUAUGCAUAUAUGUGCACAGAACUGUGCAAAAAAUUCACAACUCCUUGAUUUAAAAAUGUAGUUCUAGCCAGGGAUUUAGCUCAGUGGUUUGGUUGCCUGCCUUG